UCCAGAAUAACCACUUAUUUGUUACAUAGUGCACUAAGUAGAGCGUGUAGUAUUGACCUGUACUCUUGUAAUAGUGCACCUUUAUAGGGAGGAACUAGAGAUUUAUACUACGGCUUCGGAGCGGGACGCAAAGGCUUGAGAGGGUGUUUUUUUCCCUUUUUUUUCAUUACGCGGUGAUCGAAAAUGGCGACUUCCUUGGGCUCCAACACGUACAACAGACAGAACUGGGAGGAUUCUGACUUUCCUAUUCUCUGUCAAACAUGCUUGGGAGAAAAUCCAUACAUCCGCAUGACUAAAGAAAAGUAUGGCAAAGAGUGCAAGAUCUGUGCCCGUCCCUUCACUGUGUUCCGCUGGUGUCCCGGUGUCAGGAUGCGCUUUAAGAAGACGGAAGUGUGUCAGACCUGCAGUAAGAUGAAAAACGUUUGUCAGACCUGCCUGCUGGAUCUGGAAUUUGGUUUACCCAUCCAGGUCAGAGACACAGGGCUGUCCGUUAAAGAUGACAUGCCGAGAUCGGACGUCAACAAAGAGUACUACACCCAGAACAUGGAGCGAGAGAUUGCCAACUCAGAAGGAACGCGGCCAGUAGGUGCGCUCGGUAAAGCCCCUGGAUCCAGCGACAUGCUCUUGAAGCUUGCUCGCACCACUCCUUACUACAAGAGGAACAGACCUCACAUCUGCUCUUUCUGGGUGAAAGGAGAGUGCCGUAGGGGAGAAGAGUGUCCAUACAGGCACGAGAAGCCCACAGAUCCCGACGACCCGUUGGCUGAUCAGAACAUUAAGGACCGCUACUACGGCAUUAACGACCCGGUGGCUAAUAAGCUGCUGAAGCGAGCCUCCACAAUGCCAAGAUUAGACCCACCUGAGGACAAGUCCAUAACCACACUGUACAUCGGAGGCCUGGCGGACACCAUAACGGAUUCCGAGCUCAGGAACCAUUUUUACCAGUUUGGCGAGAUCCGUACCAUCACCGUAGUGCAGAGGCAGCAGUGCGCCUUCAUCCAGUUCGCCACGCGUCAGGCUGCUGAGAUGGCCGCGGAGAAAUCCUUCAACAAGCUCAUCAUUCACGGCCAUCGCCUCAAUGUCAAGUGGGGCAGGUCCCAAGCAGCACGAGGAAAAGAUGGAGAAAAGGAAGGAGUGACCGAGAGUGGAAUUCGACUGGAUCCUGUCCCUGGCCUCCCUGGAGCAUUGCCUCCACCACCCGUCUCCACCGAUGACAUCUCGGCCAACUAUUUCAACUUGGCGCCUACCUCCGGUCCUGCAGUCAUGAAUUUAGGAAUCCCCCCUCCCCCUGGAGUAGCCAUGCCUCCUCCUCCAGGUUUUGCCCCCCCUAUGUACCCCUCUAUGGAUCCUAUGGCCCCGCCUAUGCCACCCCCUAUGGUCAUGAGGCCUCCAGGCCAGGUGCAUUAUCCUUCCCAGGAUCCUCUACGUAUGGGGGCCCACGCCAGUCGCCACGGAGGCUCCUAGACUGGGAGAAAACUACCGUACUGAAGUGUAUAGGUGUGAAGCAGACUUUUUUUUUUUUUUAUUUGUUUGUUUGUUUUUGCCAAUGCCCCUAUUCUCCCCCAAAACACAAUUUCUGGAGUCUUUUUAUAUCAGUAAACUUUAAUGAACUUGUUGUGAAUUUAUUAGUGUUCCUGGUCUGAUAGAAAUAAAUAUUGGUCUAGCCAGAUGAAGAGAAUUGAA